AUGCAGUCGAAUAACGAAAAGAUCAAUUUUAAUAAAUUCAAUAUGUUUAUCUUGGACUGGUUCACUGGUGUUCUUGGAUUCUUGGGGUUGUGGAAAAAAUCUGGCAAACUACUAUUUUUGGGCCUGGACAAUGCAGGAAAGACAACACUCCUUCACAUGCUAAAGGAUGAUAGAUUAGCACAGCAUGUCCCGACACUCCAUCCAACAUCGGAGGAGCUAUCGAUAGGCAGCAUGAGGUUCACAACGUUCGACUUGGGCGGCCAUCAGCAGGCGCGGCGCGUAUGGCGCGAUUAUUUCCCCGCGGUGGACGCCAUCGUGUUCCUCGUGGACGCGUGCGACCGCGCGCGCCUGCCAGAGUCCAAGGCCGAGCUGGACUCGCUAUUGACCGACGAUACGCUCAGCAACUGCCCCGUACUUAUCCUGGGAAAUAAGAUCGACAAACCUGGCGCAGCCAGUGAAGAUGAGCUGCGACAGUUCUUCAACUUGUACCAGCAGACUACGGGGAAGGGCAAAGUAUCCCGAUCGGAAUUACCGGGGCGGCCGCUGGAGCUGUUCAUGUGCUCCGUCCUCAAGCGACAGGGUUACGGCGAGGGUUUCCGCUGGCUCGCGCAGUACAUCGACUGA